AUGAGCAAGGUCCUGAAGGGGUUCCAGGAAAACUUCAGCAGGCAGAAUCAGAACAGUAAUGUUGCCAGUGGUUCUUCGCACCAGGCAACCCUGAAUAAUGAGCCCGGGCCUAUGGACGUUGAUGUCCAUCAUGAGUAUCUUGAUGUGGAUAUGGUACCACCUCCAAUGCCCCCUGCGCCUCCACCUAAAUCACCAACACCACCACCACAUCCCCCGACACCACCACCUCCCAUUGAACGGCCCAGAGGACUUCCUCCACGCGUUAUUAGAUUGCCACAGCGCUUCCGAGACGAGGUCCCACCCAAACCUCCUCUAAUUAUACCACCAGUCGUGGAGGAGGAACCACCUCAGCCUCAGGAACCUCCAUCUGUGGAGAGUCUGUAUCGAACACCAAUGAAUGGCUAUGGGAUAUUUCGAGAGUAUACCUAUGGUCCCCCUUCUAUUACUCCUGACGAACAUUUCACACUGUCAUCAGUGUCCGAUUCUCCAAAUAUUGCCAAAGACCCAGCCGACUCUUUGAGAAAGGCGUCAGAGGGAACACCAAUGGCCCUACCUUCGGAUUGGUCCUUGGAUUCUGAGCCAAAAGACGACAAGAGCUUGCUAUUCAAAAAUCGUUCUACUCAACUUAUCAUGUCUUGGUUUUACAACGGCCACGGUACUAAAUCCUACGCUGAUACCGACAAAUUGAUUCACCAAGUCGUACUGGACCCGGAUUUUGACCCCAAGGACUUUGAUUCCUCCUUUUCUACUGCUCGAGAGGCAGCGCGUCUGGACGAAAUCUCUACCCAAAAAAAUUCUACAGAUCCUACUUUGUCAGAAGUGUGUCGACCGGAAGCUGGGUGGAUCAAGGGCAGCUUUUCAAUACCAGUGCCAUGCGACGGUUUCAUAUUCGAUUCGGAAGAGGAGGCUCCUCAAUUUGUUGUUGAAAACGUCAUGUAUCGAAAACCUCUAGAAGUUAUCAAACAGGCCUUUGCAGAAUGCACCUCUGAGACGUAUAUGACCAUACCGUACAGAGAAUUUUGGCGUCCCUCACCCGACGAACCACCCAAACGCUUAUUCUCAGAGUCCUACGUGGCGGACAUUUUCAAUGAAGAGUAUGAAAAGAUCAAGUCAGAGCCACGCACAGGUCCCCACAGACACCUGGAGCCCUUUGUCGUUGGUAUCGGGAUUUUUUCAGAUUCUACCCACCUGACCAGUUUUGGCGAUGCUUCUAUAUGGCCGAUCCUUAUGUAUAUCCUCAACCAGUCAAAAUACACCAGAGGGAAACCUAAAGAAUUCGCUGCGCAUCAUAUUGCGUAUAUCCCUAAACUCACAGACACUUUUCAAGAUUGGCAUCAGCGACAGUUUGGCAAAGCUGCGACAUCUGAAAUGCUCACCCAUAUGAGACGCGAGGUCAAUACAGGCGUGUGGGGGCUAUUACUUGAUGAGGAUGUCAAACGAGCGUAUGCUGAAGGAGAGGCCGUAGAACUGGCCGACAGAGUUGGAUCAAAGAUGGAUAUGCGAAACCGGCUCAAGCUAGCUCGCGUUGACAGCGAAACUCGUCAAUUUGACAUCGAAACUGCCCGUAAAGCAUUGUUCUUGGGGAAAAAGGUUAACAGCAAGGCGGUUAAUGGCUCGCUGCAACAGACCUCUGCUUUUCCAACUCGGAACGCUUUUUCCAAGGCUUUAUUUGAAUAUGGCUUCAACUUUUAUCGGAUGUUUACUGUCGACUUCAUGCACGAAGUGGAACUGGGUGUCUGGAAGGCCCUAUUUAGUCACCUACUCCGGAUUCUUUAUACCUCUAGCAACCAGAACGCCAUUGCAACUCUGAACGAAAGAUACCGCCAAGUCUCCCCUUUCGGCCUCACAACUAUCCGACGUUUUGCUAGGAAUGCUUCAGAUAUGAAGAAACUGGCAGCACGGGAUUUUGAAGAUCUCCUUCAGUUCCAAAAGGAGGUUUGUAGUCAGUACGCCACUCGCGAGCUUCCAUCAGAAACAGCCGCUAGAGGAAGAAGACAGGCAGCCAAGGCCAAAAAGGCAGCGAGUGCGGGUCUGCCAGUACCUCCGACUCAACCCAAUGAACCCAAGACCCGCACGUUCAAUAUGCAAACGUACAAAUUGCAUUCCCUUCCCGAUUACGUCGAUUCCAUUCGCCAAUUUGGCACCACUGACGGCACGAGCACUCAGAUGGGCGAAAGCGAGCACAAGAGAGCGAAACUCUUCUACAAACGGGUCAAGAAAGGUGAUCAUAUUCAAGGUAUCGCCAAACACAUCUACCGAGAAUGUGUGGUACACCGCACUAACCGUGUCGAGAUACGCAAGCUGCUGCGUGAGGACAGGGAGUUACUGGAGCCCACUCCUCCUGAUUUACAUUAUCACAUCUCAUCAGACGUGCGUCGAAAGUUAGAUAUACUACCCUGGAUGUCACAAAACCAAAACGAUCUGGCAACAAGGGACUUUAUGCUUCGUCUCAAAACUCACCUUUAUGCCCGCUUAUCAGGGGUAAACGAAUUCAGUGAUAGCAUUGGUACCCAUGAGCGACUCCAAAUCACAAUACUCGAUGACCGAAUUUACAAACAUCAGGUUCUACGCAUCAACUAUACUUCGUAUGAUAUGCGUCAAAUACAAGAUACCUUGAAGCCAAACUCUUCCCGAUGUGACAUCAUGGUACUUGCUAGCAACAAAGGUGCAGAUCAGCAGGUUCAUCCUUAUUGGUAUGCCCGUAUCAUUGGAAUCUACCACGCCAAUGUGGUAAUAUCUACCCCUGAUGAUUACUACCGUGCCUCCAAGCACAAAGUGGAUUUUCUUCAUGUCCGAUGGCUGGGUGUUUGUGAAGAUUGCCAUUACGGUUGGAAAUAUAGAAGGCUUCCACAGUUGGCGUUUGGUGAUAUCAAUGACUCUGCGUCGUUUGGUUUUGUGGACCCAUCCCUCGUAAUUCGUGCAACCCAUUUGAUCCCUCGCUUCAUUCUUGGAAAAAUACCGACUCUCGGCCCAUCUGUAGCUUAUAGAAGCAAAGAAAAUAAUGAAGGGGAAGAAUGGGAGAGAUAUUAUGUCAAUUUUUUUGUGGAUCGCGACAUGGUCAUGCUGUACAGAGGGGGUGGAGUUGGCCACGCUAGCACGCGAGCCGCUACCGAUUCUCUUAGGCAAGACCGACGUGCAGACGACAUUGCCUCUCGCAAAAAAUGCCGCGAGGCACAUGAAGCUCCCGAUCCUGAUCUGGAACCAGAUGGGGCCUCAGACCAGGAGCAAGACGCUCAGGACCAGGCUGAAGUGGCACCUGAAAACAGCGCCGAUUCUGAUGACAAUGAAGACGACAGCGACCAGCAUACCGAUUCUGAAGAGGAGGAGGAGGAGGAGGAGGAGGAGGAGGAAAGCAACGAGGAUGAGGUCCGGGGUGACCUAGAUGAACUCAGGGGGAGUGGGAACGGAUAUGCAUCAAACGCGCAUGCGCGCGUCCACGCGUUUGAUGCGCAUGCGCAUGCGCGCGCGUUUGAUGCGCGCGUCCACGCGUUUGAUGCGCAUGCGCGCGCGUGUGAUGCGCAUGCACGCGCGGAGUCCGUUGAAGGCCUGGCAGAGUGUACAGGACAUAUCGAAGGAGGACGCGCGGGGUUAUAA